CAUUCGUUCAAGUAGGUUUGAAAACCAACAACGCAUCGAACAAACAAACUCGCCUUUGGUUUUUCGUUUUUCUUUCUGUGAGAAUAACAAUACUAACGCCGCUACCUCGUGUUUGUACAAAUUAAUAGCAAAAAAGACCCGCCGUUAGAUAAUAAUUUCUACACCCAAUCAACCAAGUGUUCCUUAUAUCUUAGUCCCAUGGCAUCGCAGAAGAGUGACGAAAACUGCAUGGAUAGUUCCACCGAAAUUAAUAUUCCUGCAGUACCAGCUGAAAACAACGAUCAAAGUCGAAACGAUCCAGAAUACUCAGACUUAGAUGAUCUUCUGACGGAUAGUACUAGUUAUUACAAUAACGCUAAAAAAUACUGGUCGAAUGUGUCUCCCACGGUAGAUGGGAUGCUAGGCGGAUUCGGCAGUAUAUCGUUCAUCGAUAUUCGUGGCUCGGAACAGUUUCUAAAGCAGCUCUACAAACAAAAACCCGCUCCCGGACGCAAAUGGGCCUUGGACUGUGGUGCCGGCAUCGGUAGAAUCAGCAAAAACCUACUUCUGCCAUGGUUUGACCAAGUGGAUCUGGUCGAGCAGGAUGAGCACUUCUGCGAAACUGCUCGUAAGGAAUUAGCAGACUUUACCUCAAAAUUGGGAACUGUAUUCAACUCAGGAUUGCAAGACUUCAUCCCGGAGGAAGGACGAUACGAUAUAAUCUGGGCACAGUGGGUACUGGGCCACCUGACGGAUGAAGACGCGGUCCAAUUUUUUGUUCGUUGUGCGAAAGGACUCGCCCGCGGAGGAAUGAUAGUGAUAAAGGAAAAUUUUACGACGAGCAAUGUAGUAGACGUGGACCGAACCGAUUCAUCAGUUACAAGACCAUUGUUACAGAUGAAACAACUGCUAAAGCAAGGUAAUAUGCGCGUCGUCAAGGAGCAACGUCAAACAAGCUUUCCCAAAGAACUCUAUCCCGUGUACAUGUUGGCGCUAAGGCCUAUAAUAAAGAACUAAAAUUGCCCGUGAA